GUACAAGGAAUGAUGCAAUCGACCAUACACGUUCGUUGGCAGUUUGUUAUAAUUUUGUUUAUAAAUAAAAUAUUUGAAUAUAAGUGAAAAUUGAAUUAAAAAGUUACGUGUUUGAAAAAGCAAAUCGUAGACAUUGUAAAUUAUUUCAUUUUUGGAUAUAAAGAUGUUGUGGCAGAUAGCUAUCGCUGUUCUUGUCAUUUAUCUUAUAAGGAAUUGGUUAAAAGCCAGUCUUUUAGAAAUCGCGAAGCUGCCCGGUCCUCCGCGGUGGCCCAUAGUGGGAUCGGCAUUUCAUUUCAUAGGAUAUUCACAAAGUGAACUAUUCAACGUGGUUAAUGAUCUGCCCACGAAAUAUGGCAACCGUGUUUGUGUGAAAGUAUUUAAUCGUUAUGUUUUACAUAUCUACAACCCGAAGGAUAUAGAGAUAAUUUUGACCAGUACUAAGAAUAUUUCAAAAAAUAGGCCUUACGUAUUCAUGGAGCCCUGGCUUGGAACAGGUCUUCUGUUAAGUACAGGUGCAAAAUGGCACAAGCGGCGUAAGAUCCUCACGCCCGCGUUCCACUUCGACAUCCUGAAGAACUUCGCGCGCGUGUUCGAGGAGGAGAGCCGCGCGCUGGUGGGCGACCUGCGCGCGCGCCUGCAGCGCGGCGAACGCACCCUCGACGUCAUGCCUUUUAUUAGCGACUACACGCUUUACACUAUCUGUGAAACUGCAAUGGGAACUCGUUUAAAUUCAGAAAACAACGCCUCCAAAGCUAAGUACAAAGAGUCAGUUCUAGGUAUAGGGUACAUAGUUAUGAUCCGACUAUCUAGGUUCUGGCUUCACUCUGAUCUAAUUUUCUACCUUUCCUCAAUGGGAAGAAAAUUCAAGAAACUUCUACAGCAGAACUUCUCAUUUACGGAUAAGGUGAUAGAAGAGAGGAGAAAGAAUUGGGUGGAGACUAAGAAAGAGGAAACGGCAAGCGGGAAGAGGAGAAUGGCUCUGCUGGAUCUCUUGUUGGACGCGGAGAGUAAAGGGGAAAUAGAUAUGGAAGGGAUAAGAGAAGAAGUGAAUACGUUCAUGUUUGAGGGUCACGAUACAACCGCUAUGGGAUUGACAUUUGCCCUGAUGUUGUUGGCUGACCACGAAGAUAUACAGGAAAAUAUUUAUGAAGAAUGCAAAAGUAUCUUCGGGGAUUCGACAAGGACCGCCAACACUUCAGAUCUCGCUGAGAUGAAAUAUCUAGAGGCAGUUAUUAAGGAGUCGCUGAGGCUUUACCCCAGUGUGCCUAUAAUUGGAAGGAUUAUCACUGAAGAAUUUAAAUUAGAUAAUAUAAGCAUUCCCGUGGGUACAGAAAUAGUAGUCAACUUUUACAACCUACAUAGGCGGGAAGAUCUGUUUCCAGAGCCUGAACUCUUCAAGCCAGAGCGUUUUCUGAAUUCUGAUAAAAUGCAUUUCACUUAUGUGCCUUUCAGUGCUGGUCCCAGGAACUGUAUUGGUCAACGCUACGCAAUGCAAGAAAUGAAAUACAUGUUGAGCGAAAUCAUCCGCCAUUUUAAGUUGAAAUCCGUAGUGAAGGGUUACAGGCCCAAAUUAACAAUGGAUCUUGUUCUACGUUCUAGCGAACCGAUAAACAUUGAGUUUUCCGCGCGAUAAAUUGUCUGUAUUUUUAAGAAUAUACCUCAAUAAUACGAGUAAGAACAACAAC